AUGACGCAGGGCAAGUGCAAGGCAGACAGAGUAUGGUCCAUUGAGGGUCAGCACGAGAUUGUUUUCAAGCAAGUGUGGGCUGCUUACCUCAAAUCCUUUGGCUACGACUUGGACGACUUGUCCUUUUCUGAAAUUGAGUCUGGUAAGGCUUUCGUUAGCGGCAAAGCUAAAAACGCCCUUCCCAAGGUCCUGAGCACCCUGGCUCUCGACUCCGCUCCAAAGUACUCAGAGAGAACAGCAAAGACUUUCGAGGCCAACCAGGGCAAAGCCGUUCCUCACGAUGCCACCUUUGAUGUCAAGGCCAAGGCUCCAUCCAAGGAGGUCUACUCCCACUUGGCCAAGUUCAAGCCAGCAGAGCUCCACCAGGCUUUCUGGGCUUCUUUGAGAAACGACUCCCCAGACAACAACUUGCUUCGUUUCGUGCGUGCCAGAAAGUUCAAGACCGGUCCCAUCGUUGAGAUGGCUGCCAAGUGCUUGGAGUGGAAGGUGAAGGAAUACCCAGUCGACAAGUGGGUCAUGGACGGUGACCUCGAGAUCUACUCGCUGAAGAAGCACCCAGAGAUCAUCAAGGCCUUCGAGAUGGGCAAGGCUUACUUCCGUGGCGUGGACCGUGACGGUGGCCCAAUUGUGGUGAUUCGUGUCAAGAAGCACUUUGGCUCUGACUGUCCAGAGAAGGACUUUGAGCGUUUCAUCUGUUUGAUCAUUGAGUGGGUGAGAAUUGCCUUGAAGGACUACGAGCUUGGUAACGAUGGUGCCAACAUUUUGUUCGAUAUGAAUGGAUUUUCUUUGAAGAACGCCGAUCUCCAAGCUGUCAAGUUCUUGGCCAAGCAGUUUGAGGCUAACUACCCAGAAUCGCUUUCCGCCAUCUGGAUCCACAAGGCUCCAUGGAUUUUCAACGCUGUGUGGAAGAUCAUCAAGGGUUGGUUGGACCCAGUCGUUGCCUCCAAGGUGCACUUCACCAAGAGCGCCGACGACUUGGCCAAGUUCGCCGACAAGAAGUUCAUUCCAAAGGACUUGGGCGGAAACGACGACUACGCGCCACAGUACGUUACUCCAACGAAGGAGAACGCUUCCACUCUUCCAAAGGACGAGAAGUUUGAGCAGUUGAUCAAGGAGAGACAGGACUUGACCUACACAUUUAUCGAGACGACGUUGGCCUGGAUCAAGGCUAAGGACGCCAAGCUGAGCACAGAGCUCAUGGACUUGAAGAUCCAGUUGGGUGCCGAAUUGGCCCAGAACUACUUGAAGAUCGACCCUUACGUGCGUUCCCGUGGUGUCUUUGACAGAGAUGGCGCCAUUGGUACCCCUUCGUUCUAG